UCAUUGAUGGUUGUAUCUUAUUGGGUUCAAAUUUUCAUUACAAGCAUUUCUCGAAAUGGUAAUUGGCUCCGAUUGUGGCUUGCUCUGCUCAAACUAGUUUAACCGUGUCCGUUUCACAGUCCACAAAAGAUUAGGUUCGUAGCUGUCCCUCUUAACAAUGUCAUCUCCAAGUUCUCCCUUCUGAGUGCAAGUAGCCUUUCAAUUGCAGCGUUGGUUCAAACUAGUCCACUUGAUACACCAAGAAAUCUAUAUAUGUGAAUAUCCAAGUUUAGUCUGACAAGACAUUUAAAGCACUGUAAGAUCCUAGCACGUUCUUGAUAGUUUUCUUGCUUAGCUCCUUUGUGGCCUUGGAUAUUAAAGAAGGGACCUCAGAGAUUGGGCGGCACAAACAUCUUAGUUUCUUUCUGAAGAAAAUUUUCCUUGUUCUUUGCAAAUGGGUUUCCUAUUGAUCCGUAAAAGAGUCAUCAGGAUUGCAUCUCAAGUACUGAUCAUCUUGCUUUUAUCAGAGAUCUGUAUCGCAAUCAAUUUUAGUGCAAAUUUUGUUUUUGGAGAUUCCUUGGUUGAUGUUGGAAAUAACAACUAUAUAAUAUCACUUUCAAAGGCCAAUUAUUUCCCAAAUGGGAUUGAUUUUGGAAGGCCAACAGGUCGAUACACCAAUGGAAGGACCAUUGUUGAUAUUAUAGGUCAGGAAGUGGGCUUUGAAGAUCUCACUCCUCCUUACUUGGCUCCCACAACAGCAGGACCUGUUGUUCUAAAGGGUGUCAAUUAUGCUUCGGGUGGAGGUGGAAUUCUCAAUCUCACGGGAAAGAUUUUUGGUGGACGAAUAAAUCUGGAUGCACAGAUUGAUAACUUCGAAAACAACAGGCAAGACAUAAUCUCAAGCAUUGGUGCUCCUGCAGCUCUUAAUCUGAUUCAGAGGGCUCUCUUUUCUGUUACCAUUGGCUCCAACGAUUUCAUUAACAACUACUUCACACCUGUGGGCUUAGUCCCCAAGCGAGAGCUAAUUCCUCCACAAGUCUUUGUGAACACCAUGAUCGCAAGAUUCAGACUACAACUUACGAGACUCUACAAUUUGGGUGCUAGAAAAAUCGUAGUAGCAAAUGUGGGUCCUAUUGGAUGCAUACCAUUUGAAAGAGACACAAAUCCUUCUGCAGGAAAUGAUUGUGUUGGUUUUCAGAAUCAGUUAGUUCAGCUAUACAACAAAGAGUUGAGAAGACUAAUCGAAGAGCGUAGAACAAGUCUGGUGGGAUCCAAUUUCAUCUAUGCAGAUGUUUAUCGAAUAGUAGAAGACAUUCUGCAAAAUUACAAAUCAUAUGGGUUUGAGAGUGGAAAUGCAUCCUGCUGCUAUGUGGCUGGGAGAUUCGGUGGCCUAGUACCCUGCGGUCCAACAUCUAAAGUUUGUGUAGACAGAUCCAAGUAUGUUUUCUGGGAUCCAUAUCAUCCUUCUGAUGCUGCUAAUGUCAUCAUCGCAAAUCGCCUAACCGACGGUGACUUGAAUGAUAUUUCACCGAUGAACAUUCGUCAACUCUCUCAACUUUGAUUUAGUGGAAGUAUUUAAUUCAGUUGAUUCCUCUUAUUUCAAUUUUUGAAAUGAAAUUUUUUUUUUUAAUUUAAAAAAUUUUAUAUCAAGUUAAAUUUGAAUCCGAUCUAAUUUUCCACAAGUUAGUUUAAGAGGCAGAGUGUUUG